UUGAAACCCUGUAACUUACAUCGAGAAGCUUGUGUUUUCCCGCACACGAACCAAUCACUCUUUCGUAAAGUGGCGGGACGGACACCCUUAUGUCAAAAGUUGUUUACAUUUUGCUAGCCGAGUGUUUCUUAGUGUUGCUACCGAUGUCUGCUGAAAUUUACCAUGAGAUUUUCUCAGACGUUUAGGACAAGUGGAUGGCAUUGUCAAUUGUCAACUAAUGGAGGAUUUAUUGCUAGCGCACACCAACAUCAGCUCGUAGUUAGAAGAUCAGAAACCGGCGAAAUUGUUCAGUCCUUUACGUGUGAUGACGCUAUUGAGAAAAUUGCAUGGUCACCGGAUUCUGAAUACUUGCUGUGUGCACUCUACAAAAGAUGCAGGGUGCAGAUUUUUUCCCUUACAGAUUGUGACUGGAAGUGCAGAAUAACAGAAGGCACGAGUGGCCUCAUAGAUGCUUUAUGGUGUCCUGAUAGCAGACACAUUCUGACCAUAGGUGAAUUCUAUGCGUGUGUCAGUGUCUGGUCUCUUGUAAACUGUUCUGUCUUAUAUAUACACAAUGUAAAGUCGACAGCCUCUCCUGCUUUGUCAUUUAGUCCUGAUGGCAGUUACCUAGCAGUGAUAGAAGACCAUGGGUCCACAAGCAAGAUUUCAUUCUUUGACCCAGCAGCCUGGAAACUGAUUAAGCAUGUCUCAUGCGAUGACUUUCUGGGUGUUGGUGGAAUGUCUUGGUCCCCUAAUGGCUCAACAUUAUGUUUGUGGGACAACAAACGCCACCAGUGUUCUGUGAAACUGUUUUGCAUGGAAACUGGGUCAUGGAUAGGCCAAUAUAAGCACAAUUGUCUUGGUGUCAAAGUUGUUGCAUGGUCACCAUCAGGACAGCUUCUUGCCAUUGGCUGCUGGGAUGGCACUGUGCUGCUAUUGAAUUAUAUAACAUGGGAACCUCUUGUAGUGAUCAAACAUAGCAACGAGCUGAGUGGCUCAGACUGCGCCAUUUACAGGCAACCAGUAGAUAAGGAGAAAACUGAUGUCAGCUAUAGCACUGAAGUGGUAAAAUAUCGCCCAGUGACAGUGAUACCAUUGGCCUGGGACAAGGGAGGUGACAGCUGGAAAAACCGGGGUGUCGGUGUGUUGAACUUCAGUAGCUGUGGCUCGUGGCUGGUGACACGCGAUGACAGCAUGCCUGCUCUUGCAUGGGUCUGGGAUUUGAAUGGCUGCCUUGUCAGUGCUGUCAUCCACAAUGAGCCCAUUACAGGUAUGAUCUGGGAUCCACAGAAACCAUGUUUGCUAUCAACUACUAACACUUCUACCAUCACCAUUCUAAAUGUCACUAAAGGAGCUAAAUGCAUGACAGUGCCCAAUGGAUCAGCUCUUGGUGAAGUUUUAGUGAAGAGGAUAUUGUGUGACCCAUUUGGACGUUAUGCUGUCCUUGUAGGUAGAACUCGAUUUGUCAUUCUCUAUUCAAAGUAAAUCAUCAAGACACUAGGAGAUGCCUUUGUACUGAGGACUGUUUUGAUUGAAGUGUUAAAGUUCUAUUGAUUAUCUGCAUCAUUUUGACAAUAGAUGGCUUUUGAUAUUCUUGUUGUCAGGGAUUUUAUUUUACUGAAACAUUGUUUGUUCAGUUUCAGUUGUUUAGAAAGGUGAUACUGUUAUUGAUUAAUCUACUUAGUUUUAUGUAUAUCUAGCUUGCAUAUUUUGGCUUGUUCAUGUCUGUUUAAAAGAUGCUGCAUUAUAUUUGCAAAGCAGAGUAGGAAUGUAUGAAUCACUUCAACACAUAUAAGUUGUUUAUGUUGAGUCAUUGCUGUGCGUAUUUUUUCUCCAUGAAUCAUGAAACAGAUGGUAUUUAUAAAGUUCUGUACAUGUAACAGCAUUUUUGCAAAAACUGUACUCUUUUUUAAAAUAAAUAUUUAAUAAGGAAAUUGAUACCUCUUGUAUUUAGUGUUAGAUUACAGUACAGAGGCUACUCCGUUUGUACAUAAUCUCUGAUUCAUAACAGAAGCAGUAUUGCGCUACUAGAGUUGCCACUUAAAAUUAUUUGAAAGAAUGCAAAUAUUUUUCAGUUUUAUUCUCUCAAAAAGUUGGUAGGACUAUAUUUCAUUUUUGUUUGUAAUCAAGUACUUCAUCUUACCCACCCCAUGUGCUCUUCAUCGCUAAUCUUAGUUAUAUUUUUUAGUUAUAUCUAACAAAUGUACACAAUUAAAUUUUUUUCAGAGUAUUUUUAACAUCAAAUUUUAGUGUUCUAUAGUUUUGUUUAUGUGUAGUCAUUGUGGUAAAUGGUGGUAUAUUGGUGCAUUUGAAAUGAUGAUGAUGAUGUUUUUGUUAUGCAUUUUUGGUAAUAAGUUCCAAUAACUUUAAAUUACAUCACUGAUUUCAUGUUAAUAAACAUCAUUUUCUACACUAAAUUAAAAAUGUAACAAUCAUUUUUCAUUUAAUACAUUUACACUCAUGUAUGUUGAUGGUUUCAGUUGUCUGAGACUGCAGUCGUGUAUGUGUGUGUGUGUGUGUGUGUGUCUGUUUGUCUGUCUGUCAUAUAUUAUUGACAAAGGCCUUAAUGGCUGAAAGAUUUAAUUGUGAGAGUCUUUUUGUUGUGCCUGUCUGUGAUUCAGCAUCUCCGCUAUAUGGGGAGUAGCAACUUUCCUUUCCAUAAUAUCGUUACUUCCAUCCUGGAUUUUCCAUUGUUUGAUUCCUGGUAUCUUCAUUGAGAUGUCUAGAAACCCUUCUGUUUUGGAGAACAAUAGGGGAACAAGUAAUAUUUGGAUAGCUUUUAUCACUAUAUUCACUGAAUACAUCAUGCCUGUUAAACUAAUAUUUAUAUUUUGUAUGUUUCUAAAUCUUACAUUUUCACACCUUAAUAAAUUUCUCAAUUCCUUUCUUUGAGUGGAUCCAUGUUUCCAUAUCAAGUGCAAAAUUUUGUUUUGCACUCAACUCAAGAUAAUCUCAUUUGUGAUUUUUCCCAGAUGUUUCACAAAGACUUAUGCUUAGAAUAUUCUCAUAUCCAGUGACAUCACUCUGCUUAUUGGUUUGCUCUAAUUACCUAAUAUUUUGAAGAAUCUCUUCUGAUAAUACUUCAGUAAUAUUAGUGUUAUAGUCCUGGGGCAGAGAAGGGGGAGGAGUAGCAGAGAGGGGAAAGAGACUUUGUGACGAAGCAAGUUGGGAUGUUUGUAAUUCCCCUCUUGUUUUGUCAACUGCCUCUUUAAAUUAUUUUUUAAAAAAUUUUUUAGUUUUACCAUUAACAUACAAUCAACAAUGGAAAUUCCAGGAUGGAAUGUAACAAGGAAAGUUGCUACUAACCAUAUAGCGGCGAUGCUGAGUCGCAAUAGGCACAACAAAAAGAUUCACGCAAUUAUAGCUUUUGGCCAUUAAGUCCUUUGUCAGUAACAGACACACAUACAUACAUGCACACACACACUCAUGCAAACGCAACUUGCACACGUCUGCUGUCUCAGACAACUGAAACCAUCAACAUACGUGAGUGUAAUCUCUAUUUUCAUAAAGGAGAAAGGUUGGCCCUCAGUGUUAAAGAAUAUAACACCAGAUCUAAUUUUGUGCUUAGUUUUAUGUAUGAAAUUGAUUUUCUAAUUUAUUUUGGCUUAUGCCUAGUUAGUAAUUUUUGUUAUAGGGUGAAAUCAGUAAUUGUUUCGUAACUUAAAUUUUGUUGUUGACUUAUAAACAAAUAUAAAUUCUGUACUAAUUAUAAACAUUUGGAAGACGUAAUACUAGUAAUCUUAAAGUAUCUAUUUGGCUCUCUUCGAAAAAAUGUUAGCAAAACCAGCCCUUUAUUAAUUCCAAAGUAACUAUCAGUUUUGUCAAAGUAUUGUUUACAUAACUAUUUAUGUUAAUUUAAUCACUUAAACAAAUAAUUCGGCCUAAACCUUGUGGUAGAAGAAACUGUUAAAAGGAAUGAAUUUUUUGGUGUAUGCAGUUAAUUUAAUGAGUUAAGUUUUGAUUUUAAUUUCUGUAAAUUUAAUUUCAAAUGAUGUGUAGUUUCAGUACCUAUUAUUGUGAUGAUAUAGAAGAGCCCGAUUUUUGGUCAAGAGACAGUCAGCCCACGGCCGAGUUUCAGACCAGGAACCUGUGUUUGUUAGAACGACAACAAUGCAUCAACUUAACGGUGUAAUAAGGUUUACACAAUUAGGCCGUGUGUUAAAACAGUAACAGUGUCUGCUCCAUACGUAACUUUAUAUUCUUCAAGAACUGUGAACUUUGUGGUUAGGCUUUUAUUGCUUGUAGAUGUUCAAUAGUAAACUAUUGUAGCAGUAUGUUCAGGUUUGCCUGCACACUAUUAAUGAGGCUUACAAAAAGUUAAACAAUAGUGCACUGGCCAUAUAACUGUGUAUUAUUAGGGGGUUGUGAACAGUGAAAUUAAAUUACUGUGAAACACAACUGUGCACCUGUCGGCUACAUUAUUUACAAUGUCAAUGUCAAUCCACAACCCAUUUUUCAGCCAGUGUAGCAGUGCAGUACGUUGACACUGAGGACAACAAAUGAAAGGAUAAAUAAAUCAGGCCAAACUGCUACAACUGGUGGGUGCAUUGGCAGGAAUUGGCCCACAAUGAGGAUGAGGGGACGUGAAUCGGUAGGAUAUGAUAGUAUAGAAACUGUUGGGUGAAGUGUAUGGGAACAGUAGGUUAUGAUCAGUUGAGGCCUAGAUAGUUUUAGGUGCAGAGAAUGUGUUGUAAGAAUAACUUCCACCUGUGCAUUUCAGAAAAGCUGGUGGUAGAGGAUAGGAUCCAAAUGGCCUGGGUUGUGAAGCAGCCAUUGAAAUGAAAGGUGUUAUGUUCAGGCUGCAUGUUGUGCCACAGGGUAGCCCACCUGUGAAAGCAAACAUGUCCUAUAUCAGAUCUGCUGUAGUCCUGCCCAUUCCACCUACCCUGCACUUCCUUUUCCAUUCCUGCCAUAGGCUUAUCCUGCCCCAUCAGAGGCCGAGCCACCUGUGAAAGCAGCUAUGUCAUAUACCAGCUCUGCUACAAUCAUUCACCAUGUGGUUAAUUAACAGAAGUGAUUACAACAUUGUUAUUGAUGUAUGCUUCACUUAACUUUAAUUCAAGAACUGAAGUAUUUUGACAUGCUAACUAUUUCAGAAAAAUUGUAAUGAAUUAUAAGGCCACAUUCUGUAACCAAUUUUGUGAAGCCAUUGAAAUCAUAAUUCUAAAUCCAAUUAACUUCUGUUUAAACAAUUCCUAAUGUAACUUUGUAGUUGUUGGAACCUACAUAAACACCCAUGGCAGUAGUUGUAUUACGUCAGUCUAUGUUAUUUGUACACUAAACCAAUGUCAGUGUUAUCUGUAUUGUGAUGCAAUAAACUCACUUAAAAAGUAUAA